UUGUUUCUUCUGUGUACAUAUUAUAAAAAUGAGUUAUUAAUUAGAAGCAACAAAAUAAAUAGGAGGACAACCGGCCCAUUUUCUUGAGCAAAAGUGAAUCCAAACAUGAGAAAACAAAAGAUGUUACAAUACAAUGGCGAAGCUUUUGAGCAGGAAAAAAGGGACUUUUUUGUUUGAGUAAUUAUUUCCAUCGGAUUGGCUGGCUGCUUCGUGCUUUUUGUUUUGUUGGAUUAUCAUACUUGUCCUCUUUCUCCCUCGGAUAAGACAACUCUCGCUUGUGCUCUCCCUAAUGGGCUUUUUCUAGUGAAUUAGCUGAUGGGCUUUUCUUGGUGAACUUGGAGCGUCAUCAUGUGACCCCGAAUUCCUUCACCUGCUCCUCUCCGUCUCCCUCAUAUCUCCAAGAUGAUGAAUUGAUGAUACAUCCCUAAAAUCUGUCCUUUCCUUUCCGCCUCAGAGUACUGGAUUCUGAAUUUCUGAUACCAAACUUACACCCUCACAGUCACUCUAACAGACAUACCCACCCAUUCCCCUUUCCUCUCCACUCUUUUUCCUUCCUUCCCUUCCUUCUUCUUCUUCUUCCAGUCCACUCAGGUAAAACCAGCGGUGAGGUAGAGCUAUAGCUCUGCACCACAAAUCACAGAGGUACGUCGCUCAGAACCCAAUACCAAAAACCUAUUUUCCGGGCUUUCCUCCACUUUUCCCCUCCUUCUCUAAUCUUUUCACCUACGGAAAGUCAGAUCCCAAAGCCACAGAAGCAACCGUCCCCCCUUUCUCUAUUUCCUUUCCAGAAAAUCUGAAACUAACAGUAGUGGAAAAGAGACUAGAGACUAGAGAGAGAAUUCAAAAAAAUGGCUUCCAAACUUUGUUUCCUCUUCUUCCUCUCCUUCCUAACCCAUCACUCCCAAGCGGGUUUCCUAGCCGAACCGGUCCCCAAUCAACCAAACCCAAACACCGUCCCGGCCUUCCCCGUCCAGACCGACUCCCAAAUCUGCCGUCUCGACCUCUCCGCCGAGCUCUUCGGCGGGGUCAACGACGCCUGCGGCCGGAACCUAGACCGGAGCCGCUGCUGCCCUGUACUCGCCGCCUGGCUCUUCGCCGCACACGCCAAGUACGCCCUCCAAGUGCCCGCCGCCUCCCCCGCCGCCGCGGCUGCGGCCGAGGACCAGCUGCCCAUGAUGCCCGACGACUCCCAGAAAUGCGUUAACUCGCUGCAGAGCGCGCUGGUGAGCAAGAACGUCAAGAUACCCCAGCCCAACGCCAGCUGCGACCCUAUCCUCUGCUUCUGCGGGAUUCGGCUCCACCAGAUCACUUCCCUCAGCUGCCCGGCCGCUUUCAAUGUCAGCACCGGCUUCCACAAUGCCACCCCGACGGCGGCGGUGAAGAACCUCGAGAAGAAUUGCAGGAAUUCCUCCUACUCUGGCUGUACUAAAUGCCUAGGCGCCCUCCAAAAGCUCAAGGCCAACGGGAACAAGACGUCCUGGGUCGGCGGAGGGAAGGAAGAGGACAGGGCGAAGAAGAUGUUCAACAGGGACUGCCAGCUGAUGGGGCUGACGUGGCUGCUGGCGAGGAACAAGACGGCGUACAUCCCCACCGUCUCGGCGGUGCUGCGCGCGGUCAUGUACAGCGCCCACCCUCACGAGUCCAAGUGCAGCCCCGACCAGGAGAACAUGCCCUUGGCCGUCGACUCCUUACAGUUCCAAAGGUCGACGUCGGCCGCGGCGGAAGGGAGGUCGCUGUUUUGGUGGUCAACAAUGCUGGCGAUAAUGAUUGCGGUUGCUCUACCACUAGGCGGUGGUGUUGAGUGGCGACGGUGAGAGGCUAUUGUGUAAUGUGUAUAGCUUGUUUUUGACGUCUGGUGGUGGCUGACACUGUGCCACUGUAACUUCUUCUUCGACUGUGUCUGUGACCGAGAGAGAGAGACAGAGAAGUUGGUUUUGGUGCCACGUGAAGCUAGUAGACAAAAAUGGGGGCUAAGCAGAAUAUGGGGAUUGGUUUCGCACUGCUUUUUUGUUUGCCCUUAUUUUAUCAGCCCUGGUUGGUAACUUGGGAACCACACCCAGCUUGUAAAUUUCGAUGGGUUAACUACUAUUGAUUUUUAACUGGUUAUGUGAUUUCAAAUGUAAUUUUCACCAAGGUAGAGAUGUGCAAUCAUCCGGUUCGUAUUAUAUCAAAUUGGCAUUUGAAUUGUACCAUAGUAUCAAAUUGCCAUUGUACAUAUCGAAUCAAGUAUAAUGCGUUUU